AUGAAAAAGAUGUUCAUUCUUCUUGUAGUUUUGAUGAAUACCAUAAAUCCUGCAUAUUCACAAACCAAACACAUAUUCUUGCUGGCUGGUCAAAGCAACAUGUCUGGACAAGGUGGAGUUGUGAAGAACAAAUGGGAUCGGCUCGUGCCCCCCGAAUCCAGCCCGAACCCGAACAUCCUCAAACUCAAUGCAAAGCUGAAAUGGGAAGUGGCAAAAGAGCCUCUCCAUGCAGGUAUUGAUAAGAAUGUGACGAAUGGAAUAGGGCCCGGAAUUCCCUUUGCAAAUUCAUUGCUGAAGAGAAUUCCGGAUUACGGGACCAUUGGUUUGGUGCCUUGUGCUAUAUCCGGGGCCAAAAUCAUUCAAUGGCAAAAAGGAACCAUUUUUUAUGAUCAGUUGGUGAAUAGGGCUAAAGCUGCUGUACAAAAUGGUGGUGGGAAUAAUACUAUUGAAGCCUUACUUUGGUAUCAAGGCGAAAGUGAUACUAUGAGCCAAACAGAUGCAAAUCUAUAUAAAGGAAGAUUGCAGCAGUUUAUCAUUGAUCUAAGAAAGGACUUGAAUUUGCCGGACCUUUUGGUUAUUGAGGUAUUUUUACUACAACAAUUUCGAGGUUGCGCUUGCUUCAGGAGGAAAACACUAUCUGGAAAUAAUAAGGCAAGCACAGCUACAAACUGACCUUCCUAAUGUGAAAUGUGUUGACGCCAUGGGAUUACCACUUCAACGUGAUAAUUUGCAUCUUACUACUUCUGCCCAAGUCCGCCUUGGUAGUAUGUUGUGUGAUGCUUUUAUUCAAUAACCCCAAUAUCAACCAACUUAUACACUCAAAC